AUGAACACCUGGAACCACACAAAUAAACCUGACUUCAUCCUCAUGGGGCUGACAGAUUCCAAGGAGAUCCAGCUGGUCCUCUCUGUGCUGUUUCUACUGAUAUAUCUGGUCACUGUGCUGGGGAACACAGGCAUGAUGCUGAUUAUUUGGCUAGAUGUCCAGCUUCACACUCCCAUGUAUUUCUUCCUCACCCACCUGUCAUUUCUUGACCUCAGUUAUUCAACUACCAUCACACCUAAAACCUUAGAAACCCUGCUUACUUCAAACAAGAGCAUUUCCUUCAUAGGUUGUUUCACCCAGCUGUACAUUUUCAUCCUCUUGGCAGCUACUGAGUGUUUUCUGCUUUGCUCAAUGGCCUAUGACCGCUAUAUAGCUAUCUGCAAACCUUUACAUUACCCGGUUAUUAUGUCUUCACGACGCUGCCUUGCCCUCCUCACUGGGUCCUAUGUGAUUGGAGCUGUGGAUUCCUCUGUCACCGUGCUUAGCAUGAUUACACUACACUUCUGCAAGUCCAAUGUCAUCCGUCACUUUUAUUGUGACACAGCUCCACUUUUAUCUCUGUCUUGCAGUAGCACAAAUGAAGUUGAAAUAAUUAUAUUCGUUUUUGCUGGUUCCACCAUUCUGGUUUCCCUUACCACAAUAUCCGUAUCCUAUGUGUCCAUUCUUUCUACUAUUCUGAAGAUAAAUUCCACUUCAGGAAAGCAAAAAGCCUUCUCCACGUGUGCCUCUCACCUCCUUGGAGUCACUGUCUUUUACAGCACUAUGAUCUUUACAUAUUUGAAGCCAAGUAAAUCCUACUCACUGGGAAAGGAUCAAGUAGCUUCUGUUUUUUACACCAUUUUGAUCCCCAUGCUGAACCCACUCAUUUAUAGUCUCAGAAACAAAGAAGUGAAAGGUGCUGUUGUUAGAUUAGUGAAGAAGAGACAAGGAUCCAGGAAAUUAAGAUGAGUAGGGGUAAGAAGUCAGUCACACUGUUUCCAAUGGUAUGUGUCUUUGGUGAGUGUUUAAAAACAAUUACAAUUAAUUCUACUUUUUCUGUUUCUCUGGGUCUUUUCUCAUACAUAUUGAACAUUGG